AGUAUUUUACGAAAAUUGUGUUGACAGCGGCCCAACUGUUGCGGUUGUGAAUUAGUGAAUUCGUAUUUCUGGUUGUUUAGGCAUAAAAACGUGAAUUAAACAGGAGAUUUUGCUUCCCGCCCAACCUCACCGGCAGCAAACGAACGCAGCGUACCGGAGCGCGUGUGCGCCGUCUCGUGCUCCCAACGGAUGCCAGCAGCGAGAAGCAUCGAACGCAUAUUAUUUCGUUGACAUAGCUCGCGUAGUGAAGACGUGCUAUUCGUUCGUUCGUUCGUCAGUCAGUCGCGUCGGAGUGAAGAUCCCCCGAUACCUCCCGGAUUCGAUUCAUCCACCUUGUGGAAAGUAAAAAGCAGUUAGAACCCAUCGAGUCGACUGCACCCCAAAACGCAUCAGUGCAUUGCGAGAGAAAGAAAAAAAACCACCCGACAGCAAGAUGUUCAGCGGAAUUACUGCCUCACUGAAGAACCUCGGCAGCAAGGCGGAAGGGCUGUUCGACAAGAAGAAGAAGGAAGCGCAGGAUCUGGCCAACGAGAAGGUGCAGGCCGCGUCCAGCCUAGCCGAGGAGCAGGCGAAGAAAACGCAGGAAUCGUUCAGCAAAACGAAAUCCGAUGCGGAAGCGCUGGCAUCGUCGGCAGCGGGUGAGAUCGAUGCCACCAAGCAGCAAGCUUCGGCCGUCGCGGAAACGACGUCCCAGGCCGCCGGAACGCUGAUGGACCACGCCAAGCAGGCGGCCGAAAAUGCCAUCCAACAGAGUGCCGUCGUGGUGGAGCAAGCGGUCGAGGAGCAGAUGAAGGUGGCCGAACAGAAGGUGGACGAGGGUAUGAAGCGGGCGAGCGAAGAAGUGGAUCGGAAGCUGCAGGAAGCGAACCGAGUGGCCGACGAGAAGCGGGGCGAGCUGGAGCAGAAAGUGAACGAUGUUGCUACGAAGGCCCAGGAGUCGGCCACUGCCGGUGCGGCGGGAUUGUUGGGCAAGCUGAACCUGGGCAAGUAAAUGGCCCGCAAAAAUGUCGCCUCAGCAUCAUCCCAAUUAAGGCUACACGGUGAUGCUGCACCAGAUCGACGGCACACGCUUCGCAACAUGCGCGAGGCACGCUCUCGGUGUGCGUGUGCGCGCGCGUUCAACGUGAUGAUAUUAAGCUUUUUGGAAGAUUUUUUUUUAUUACAACUAUAAUUAAUGUACUGUUAAUGCAUGUUUAGCACAGAAGAGCGGAACACUGUUUAGGAUUGCUGCCGGAACCGAAAGCCAGCGGAGAAUGUUGUUGAAACGGAUUGCCUUACACACGCCUGCUAGGGAGACAGAAGCCGUUGGUGUGUGGUGGUGCUGCUACUACUGCGAAACAAUAGAAACUGACUACCUGCUGAAUGUUGCUUAAUGUACGAAACAGCACAACAAACACACCGCUAACCUAACCACUCGUAAGCCUUAUCACAAAUAGCCGCGCAGUGUAUUGAACGUAGUUUAACGAAAAAGUACCAAAAAAGGUUCAACAUAGCAGAGAAAGAGCAGAGAGCAGAGAGAGAUGCCCAGUUUAUUCAACGCGCACAUGUCUAAGUAAUCGAACGCAUUCGUUGUUUUAGGUUCGGCAAAUGGUUUGUGAAACGUGACGGCCGGCAGCCCAUAAUAUGUUUAACGAUAACAAAAGGAAGAAAAAAAAUCAUUUACUGUAAUGUGUAAGCAAGCCGACAAAAUUUGACCGAUUGCCGAUUAGUAGGUGCACAGAACGAAUUCUAUUUUGUUUAACCUCCAAAGAUUGAUGGAAAACGCUUUUACCCACUGUAAUUGCAAAUAAAUAGAUUAUAAAAAACCAAA